CUCGCUCACAGCCUCACCACAACCCCGCUUGAGGCUCUUAUCCAGAACCCUCACUUGUUUCUUUAGUCACAGCCUUUCAUCGUAAGUCGGUCAUCUUGUCUUUUCUGCUCACAUGGCUUCCAUCACUCGCCGAGCCACGGGCAACUUGGUCCACAACGCCAUCGACCACGACGCGACAGGGUAUAUCCAAAAGGAGAGACUCGAGAGCCGUUUGCGCAGUCUGUUUGGGUAUAUGAUUGCAGUCCGUGUAAGAUUGCCAUCCUGGUUGGGUUGCCCGGCUGACGUGGUGUAGCAUAUUAAUGAUAGAUGGGUGUUUGAGGCUCCGAGGCAGGUUUUGGAUUAUGAACUUGAGUAAGAAGACUUAAUAGUGUAAAGAUGAGUGACUGAUGUUGAUAAGUGAUCUUCGUGAAGCCGACAGAGUGAAUUAGCAUUAUCUAUAUCCGUGUAGCAUCCGUG